CCUACAAGUUGUUCUAACAUUUUUGCUUUGUGAAGCGCGUCAUUAAUAUGGAUACUUUCGGGAAACGCAUAACUGGCACUCCCAAGGUUGACUCGUUGGAGGUUGAAGACCGACCACCGUUUAACUUUAGCCGUCUCCACUGUCCAAUACAAAACUCUGAGGUUGCGGCCAUAAAUGCCUUUGAAUUUGUAUCAAUAGCCAAUUCAACGCUAAUCGAAUUUUCUGAAGUCUCCCACAGACUCGAAAUCGUUCCACCUUAUCACCUGAAGGGGAGGCACCAGCCGGCGGAAUCUAUGAGUGAUGGGGAGUUAGAGAACGACCAGGAGGAGGAGGAGGAGGUGCUAGAACGGUGGCAAUGGGAAGAUCUGGAUGAUAACAAUAAUGACAGUGACAGCUAAUUGCAGACACAUGCAAUCGCCAGCUAAUCAAACAUUUUUGCAAACACAAAAUAGAAUAAACAAAAUUAAACGAAAAAUUGUUUAUUUUGU